GGAAAUAUGAUAGAAAUGAUGUGUACUACUUUAUCAUUAGAAAUUGUAUACUGUUUACUAAUAACAUGUAUCGUCGUUCAAUCUCUUUAUUGAGUCUAUGAAUCAUAGAGGUUUACAAAAUAUUCAAUGUUUAUGCACUCAAAAGAAGAAAAUGCCCUAGUACCACCAAUUUUAUCUUCCCAACAACGAUAAAAUCCAGGUUAUAUCCCUGUGAAAUUCUAUGUAUAUUUUAUCAACGUGAUUUGAAAUUUGACACUGAAAGAGAGAAGAAAAGGGUGGUCUAAAAAUAAACAGUUUCGGGGUCACACUUUAGAGUUCAAAGAACUGAGAGAGAUCUACAUUUGUGUAUUUAAUGGAACGAACAGACAAAAAUGGAAGAAGAUUUCAGAUAGUUGCAAUCAUAGCCGGAUUUUUCUUUUUUCUUGGAUACCUCCUUGUACAAACUCCCGAGUUCCAUGACCAGCUACCCGUAUUGAAAACGCCACACAUAAAAUUCGAUCCACCAUCACCUAAAUAUAAGCCUACCAAUAAUACACGUGUAAACAAUGCAUCUCGGACGCCUUCCACUUAUUCCGGGUUCCUCUGUGGCCCCGUGAAGGGUAAUAUGGGUAACAGGCUAUUCGUCUUUGCAUCUAUAUAUGGAAUUGCCAAAAUGAAAAAUAUACCCUACAUCAUCCCGAAAAACGAUACAUUGUUGAGUGUAUUUAAUCUUUUCAAUGACACUACUUUACAAAUAUUGUCGGAUGUUCGAAAAUGUGAUGCCACUUUUUACCGUAAAGAGAAACAAUGCUGUGGUUAUGACCCUAGUCUGCUGAACUUAGACCUCACCAAAGGAUACACAUUAAUUACGUAUUUGCAGUCUUGGAAAUAUUUCGAAAACGUGCAGGCAAACUUGCGGAAGCAAUUGACUUUUAGGACAAGCAUACGAGAAUGGGCCAAUCGGACACUAGAAAAAAUAUCACGUGAACAUAAUUAUACUCGCCGUGAUGACGUCACAUUUGUUGGAGUUCACGUUAGACGAGGGGACAUGAUGAGGAGUGUUGCGUCAUAUGGUUAUCAGGUAGCUACACCGGAGUAUUUGCACAGAGCAAUUGCAAAGUUCCAGAACAUUUCAAAUAUCAUUUACAUCGUCUGUUCUCUAGAGAUACGUUGGGUCCAAGAACAUCUACGAAACCUUACUAAUGUUUUUUACAGUGAUCCAAAGCAUGGUGCACAUAAGGACAUGGCGUUGUUAGCUGCUUGUGAUCACGUGAUCACAACAGUGGGGACUUUUGGUUGGUGGGGUGGGUGGUUAUCUGGGGGCAAUGUGACCUACUUUAAGUGGCCCGCAAAACAAGGAUCUGGCCUGAGAAAGCAAUUCAGUAAGGACUUCAAAGACUUCUUUUUACCCGAUUGGAUUGGACUGUAGUGACGUAAUAAUUGCGUCAUUAUUCACUUAAUUUUGAAUUGAUUGAAAUUGCAACAAUUUGUUAACUAAUGUUGAAACAACAAUGUUUUCUCGAAUAUUAGAAAAUACAAUUAUUAUACAUGUUAAUUUUUA